AAAUAAUGCACUUGUUCUUCGAAAGGAAGUCAGUUCGAGUGUGUUACAGGUCUUUUGCAGGAAUCUCGAGCAGUAACUCGAAUAAAUCACUAUUAUCCAUAAUCUUUUUAAUCUAAAAAUAGUCUUCGUAUGUACUGAUGUAGUCAGAGAUUAAAUAACGUAUCAGCAAAUUCAUCGAUUUAUCGUGAUUCAUAGAACAGGAGGGCUAACGUUAUAACCGAAUAUCUACGCAGAAAAAAUAAAAUGUCGUCGUGGUCGAAGAAAGUUGGGGGCAGACGACCACCACCAAAACACAGUGGAGGAAGUGUCUCAAAACCUCCCAGACCAUUUCGAAGAGCACCAUAUCCAAUGAAGGAGGACAGAAAAGAUGACCAUCCAGAAUCUGAGAGCUUUGAAAGCUUAGACGAAGGGAUUGACUACUCUGGCACUGCAGACUAUGAGCAUUCACCACAUCAGUCGACUGCUGUUUCAUCUGAAGAAUAUGAGGCAACAGUUGAACGCAAUGCCAUAUACGAGAGGUUCUUCCAGCAGCUGCAUGGAGACGGUGCUAGACAGCCUGCAGACUGUGUUGUCCUGUCGGUGAACAACCAGAAUGUGGAUUACCCCAAAUCGAUAGGCCAGUGUUUGCAGGAACGUGGCCUCUCGGUGGAAAUGCUUUACCUGCAGGUGGAAUCAGGCCUGACGCGGGCCCUCCAAGAUGUCCGCUCCGACGGUUCCCCCUUAUGUAUUCUCGUCGAGCAGACUAAUGUAACACUGUCCUCGUGCACAGUAAUCAUAUUUUCAGAGUCCCUCAAAAUUCAUCGAAAUAUGCCUAAAGAACAAGCCAUGGAGUUUGUGUUGGUGGAGUUCAGGCGCUUGAUCGGUUCGCGGCAGGUGCUGGACCCCACGGAGGCUGCGGCACGGGCGGCUGAGCUGACGGAGGACUACCUGGAGCGCAGCAAGCUGGAGCGCCACACUGUUCCCUCUGCCACCCGCCACCUGCUCUUUCUCCUGGCCGAAGGUUUGCACCUGUACCCAGAGGAGCUCAACACACUGACAGAGUAUCUUCAGAAUCGCCAAGACCAUCUGCAAGUAACUUCGGCUGAGGUGGGCAGUGAUGUUGCUCCUGUAAUAAACAGCCUGCCUCCAGGGUUAGGAAAACCCCCACCACUCCUGCCUGCUGGAUCUGGACCACCACCAAGGGAGCAGGCAAACCCACCCUCAGGGUCUGGAGAUACACCCCCAGGCCAUCACAGGGGAUUGCAAGGCUCAUAUCCCAAGACAAAACCACCUCCUUUGCUUUCAAUGCAAAAUCUAAAGCCACCUUCCCACAGAUCAGCUGCCCCCCAUAGUCUUUUACCCGCUCGGGCCUCUUCAGUCUCACACGGUUCUUCAUUUAGUCCCCCAUCUAGAGGCCCAGCAGCUCCUCAUAGUCUUGACAAGCCACAACCUCUUCUAGGCCCAGCACCUGCACAUGGACCAUCCUCCACUCGUGCCCCUCUUCUUGACCGUGCCCCUCUGCUUGAAACACCUCUUGGUUUCCCAUCCUCUAGAGGUCUGUUGCAGCAUCCGGGGUCUCAUUCAUCACGUGGGCCACCAUUGAUGUGUGGACCACCUCCCCAGAAUGGGCCCUGGGGUCCUCGAGCACCACCACCUUCACUUAGGAGCCUUCAUAUUGGAGCCCCAACAGGUCCUUGCCCACCACGACGCCUGCUACCUUGAUUCUCUCAGGACACCUGAUUAAAUAGUAGGCCAGUAUUGCCACAUGGAACAGUUGUUAACAUUUUGGACUUAGGCAGGUUUUUGUUUUAUAUUUUUUACAAAUUUGACUUCUGUUUACUUUGUUUAAAAAUGUUCUGGUAUGGAAAAAGCCUCAGUUGUGAUCUCUUUAUUUCCACAGUUGUAAGCUCAUGUUUAGAAUAAAUAUGAAAAUUUUCUGUGGCAUAAAUCUGUGAGAGAUGUCUUUUAAAUAUCACUGUUCUCUGUACAAUGAUUGAAUAUAUUCCAUAUACAAGUUUUGGUGUGAGGCAAUAAUUUGAGACUAUUCUGAAUCCUGGUAGAUUGUAGAAGGUUCUUGAUCUUUUUUUUUGUAUUUGUUUUUUUUUUUAAGAUAAAUAAAGUGCAUAAUGUUUUGAAAUAAAUAAAAUUAUCUUUUUUCGUUUUUUUUUUUUUUUACAUUUUGGAUUUUAGUUUUUGGGAUUUUUAAAUUUCUUAAUUGUGAAUCCAGUCCCUAAACUUAAAAACUGUUCUCCCUUAUACACUGAAUGCUUACCCUUAAUAGCUUAAUAACUUCCAGAUAGACACCACCCUUUUUUUUUUUUGACUGGACACAACAUUUUGUGUACAAUUGCAUGUUUCUGAAUGCAAAUUUGCUAUAAACUGAAAUUGGAUUGCGCCAUCUGACUACAUUUUUCAGGUCAUGCCACGAUUUUUUGAUUGGAUUCAAGUCUUUAUUCUUUGGAACAUUGUUGUACUGGAACAAAGUGGUUGCUGCUCUGAACGGGUCUUUGGCUGGCUGAUACUGGCACCCUUCAUGGAUUUUGGCUCCAUCUGUGUUACCCUUGAUGGCAACAAGCGUUUUUAUUUCUCUUUGCCAGGAAAGAAACACUAGAGCAAGACGCUGCCACCACCAUUCUUUACAAUGGGGUUGAGGUUUCAUAGAUCAUAAGGUUGAUUAGUACCAAACAUACAGGUGCAUCUCAAAUUAGAAUGUCGUGGAAAAGUUCCUUUUUUUUCCCUCAGUAAUUCAACUCAAAUUGUGAAACUUGUGUAUUAAAUAAAUUCAAUGCACACAAA